GGUCACAGGUUACAAAAUUCAUUGUUAUCGCUGGCUGCACGCUUCAGAUUAGACGACUUCAAGUUGCGACUUUCUGCAGAAUGGCAGCCCUCGUAGGAAAACUCAUUGGAAGUUCGGUAAGGCGUGUGGCCGUCAUUGGAGUUCGAGCUGCAGCAUCACAGAAUGCUCUUCGCAAAGUUCCCUUCAAUAACUUUUCAACAACUUGCACAAGAUGGGCUCCUGCGGUCACUCAGAGUGCUCCAGCUUUCAAAGGCACUGCCGUCCACCAUGGAGAGUUCAAAGAGAUCAGUCUGGAUGACUACAAAGGAAAGUACCUGGUGCUCUUCUUCUACCCUCUCGACUUUACGUUUGUGUGCCCCACGGAGAUUAUCUCCUUCAGUGACAAGGCUAGUGAAUUUCACGACAUCAACUGUGAGGUGGUCGGCGUGUCUGUGGAUUCCCAUUUCACUCACUUGGCAUGGACGAACACCCCAAGAAAGAAUGGAGGUCUGGGCAGUAUCCACAUCCCGCUCCUGUCAGACCUUAACAAGCGCAUCUCUCAGGAUUAUGGCGUGCUCCUCGACGGUCCAGGAAUCGCACUAAGAGGUUUGUUCAUCAUCGAUCCCCAUGGAGUGGUCAGACACAUGAGCGUAAAUGACCUUCCGGUGGGCCGCUGCCCCGAGGAGACCCUGCGCCUGGUGAAGGCCUUCCAGUUUGUAGAGGCGCACGGAGAGGUGUGCCCCGCCAGCUGGACCCCGGAGUCACCCACAAUCAAGCCAACGCCUGAAGGCUCAAAGGAAUACUUUGAGACGGUGAACUAAUCCAGUCCUGUUUGUAGAAGUGCACUGAUCUCUCCAAAGAUGCUGAUCAAGACGUCAUGUGAACUCUGGUCUGAUCCUUAAAAUAUGUCGCUUCAAUGCUUUUGAUUUACAUCGACUCUUACAACAAAGCCUAUUGCAGGAUGUUAGCUGUACGUUUGUUUUUCCAUGGUAAAAAUGUGUGCUGUCUGAUUAGUUUUUAAGCAAAGUAUGUAAAUUAAGAGUAAUAAUUAAUAAAAUGGAAAAUUCACAA